ACACGGAUUACUGAGCUGGGAGACAUUGCCAGGCAUAGAGGUAGGAGUUUUUUUAACUCUGGUUUUUAGUUGUGGUUUUGGAUAGUUGCCUAGCAACUUCCAACACAACUCAGGAAUGUGAACAAAAUGAUGGUUUUUGCUUGCAUUGUAAAUGUAUCUUACAAAAUCCAAACCUGAUUUAUCUAGGGAGCCUAGGCAAUAUAAUAGGAUUAGGGAAUUGCCCUGAAGUUUAGUUGAUUUCAUGAAGGUCUAUACGAACAUAUAUUCUUAACCCUUUAUAUGAAGGCAAAGAUAAAGGGAAUGGAUGUAAAUGACGAUUUGCCGAGUGUUUUCACUAAUAUGUUUUUUAUAAAUAGUGACAUUCAUUCUUAUCCAACCAGGCAAACAUGCAAUUUUCAUCUCUCCCCUGUACGCACCGUUCUUGCCUUUAACACAAUAACCAAUACAGGACCUUCGUUUUGGAACAGUUUGGACGCUGAGAUAAUUCAAUCACCCUCGCUGUAUUCAUUCAAGCGUAAACUCAAAGACUUUCUCUUGAAAUCAUACGAAUAAGGCACAUUAUCGUUAUUUUUAUCUAUUCAUGGCUUUUUAAAAUUCUUUUUUGCUCCUUGCUCGAGUGACUAUUACGACUAUUAUGUAACCACAUAUCUGUAUUCAUUGUGUAUCAAUUAUAUUUCCCAGAUUCAUCUUUUUUUCAUUGCAUUGGAAUUUUUUAUACAAUCAUUGGUAUAUGGAAACCUAUAUUGUACAAGCAUGCUUUUUAAUAGGUUCCUCAUAUUUCACGAUACCGAUUAUUUCCUGCCAUCAUUGUUUUUUUGUAAUUAUGCUUUAUCUUGCGGACCUUAAUAAUAUGUAAACUGUUAUGUUGUGGAAUGUGAAACAAUACAAAAAAAAUAUUAAUUAUUAGCAAGAAAAUACAAGAGAAAUGAUGGUCGAGAUCAAAUUGAAGACCAGAUUGAAACAGAGCUCUUUUUUUAAACUUCGAGAAAAAUGGCCUUAUCCGGUUGGAGAGACGGGGCAUUAGUCUUGUAUUCAGGCCCUCCUUUUUGGCUAAGACCCAGUUGGUUUCCUACAGGCCAGGUGAGGUUUCCUCAACUUGCUCUUUGACUUCUCCUGAGUCCAGGAGAACUAAGUCUGGUGUCCGGUGAGGGCAUUUAAAUGGUACUUGGUCAGGACCAAAGUUUUUUGUGAGGGCGUCUGGCUCUGCCUCGGUGCCUGGGGACCUUUCUCCCCUGCGUCCAAGGUUCCAUUUCUAGAUGAAUUGUGGGAGCCAUCCGGGCUGCUGGCCUUGCGGCCCUCCUGGAGGGCGAGGCCUGAGCCCAUGAUACUAGGAGUAUCGGUUCUUCCGGGGCUCUUUUCGAGGUAUUGGUCUAAAGGAUCUUUUGGGGGCCGCCUUUUGGCCGUCUCCUAUUUCUUUUCUUUUUUAUCUCAGGGAUGUUCCUUCUUGGGGAGGUACUGUUUGGGUCUCCUGAGAGCAGCUUUGUAUGCCAUUAAUCUCCAUUAAUCCCCUUCUACUUGGGACAUGCCACCCGGUCUUAUCUGUGCUGGUCUAGCAAAUAAUAGGUACCGGUAGAUACAUUGAUUUAUUGAGGUAAAUCAGAAAAAUCAGUACUGGUUUUAUUAUUUACUAUAUAAAUCUAUGUAUCUACCUAUGUCCCUCCCUCCGUCCCCUCUCCUUGCCCGGCAACUUGUCCGAAGUAUUAUCUCUAGCUCUUUAAAGAGAAGAUGAUGGGCAUGCGGUUGCACAUGUGAACCCUGGGCAGACGAUGUGGGGCAUGCGCGAAUGUGAUGUUUUAGUUCUUGAUGGGUGAACUAGCAAAUAAUAGGUAGAUACCAUACAUAGAUUUGUAUAGUAAAAAAUAAAAUUAGUUCACAUGCGCGAAUGUGAUGUUUUAGUUCUUGAUGGGUGAACUAGCAAAUAAUAGGUAGAUACCGUACAUAGAUUUGUAUAGUAAAAAAUAAAAUUAGUUCUAAUUUUUCUGACUUAACUGUAAAAUGCCCUGCCAAAAUAUAGUAUGCCAACAGACUCUUUAUUGUAUCCCCCGGCAGUAUGCUGGUGGGGUACUUUGGAUUCAGCAGCGUUAUGCCGCGUUCGCCACCGCCGCGUUAAAUUCUUGUGUGCGCUCUAACUUCCAAAUUCCUUGAUGAAUUUCUUUCAAAUGUUGUAUAGAGGUGUGUCUUAGUAGUCCAUUAGUAUUUUAGAUGAGUUUUCGCACCUGCCAAUGAACACAAUCAAAGAAAGUUUAGAUUGUUCUUUAUAUGCUUGUUCUUGCUCUUGCCCAUGACACAUUCUAAUAUCUUAUUUUUAGUAUGUUAAACAAUAAUUUCAUACAUUUUUCGUAAUAAUCUAAUCUUGAAAGUGCUUGAAAAUCAUGAUAAAUCACUGUGAUUACGACCAGAAAAUAAAGUACACACACACGUACAGUCAAUGGAUAUUUCUGAAAGUAUCUUGUUAUCCUUUCAGUAAUGAAUCCUUCAGGCACUUACCAAGGUCUCAUUCAAAUUAAGCUAAUUAUCUUGAGAUGCCAUUUUGAAACAUGGAUUGAAGGCCAAUUAGCAUUCAUGCCCUCUAGUAUUUCCAUUUCAUUAUGUAUCAAACAGGAAAUGACUAUAUUCUAUAACUAUUGAGUCUUUACGUCACAAAAUGAGGAAUCAAAGCAUCGUGCAUCAUGUUGGGUAAUAUUUUAUUUUCAGCAGCUGUCAGAUCAAGCUUUUUUCCCACUUCAAUUCACUUAGAAUAGCUUCCAAACAAGAGAAUGGUAGGAAGAGGAAAGGAAAUCUUUGUUGAGGCAUGGUCAUCAGUAUACAUCCAAACAUAUUAGACGUUUAGAUCAUUCACUGCUUCUGCAUUUGCAUGCAGGUUGUAGAACAUUUUCCCUCAGCUACUCUGCUCUUGCUAUACAUUGUUUGUUCUCUACCUUAAAGACUUUAAGUUCGCAUACAACCAGCCACUCUUCAAAUCUUCCAGUAAGGAAUCAUGGACUGCUCUUGUCAUCAGUGUCUUUUGUCAGGCUUUUAGAUGCUGGUGCUCUACAAGUUCCCAGAUUGGCUUGGAUUGGACAUUCUACUUCAAUCUGCUUUCGUUCCUGUCCAUUAAACCGGCAAGAUGAAUCUUCAUAUCUUCUUGUAUGUGCUUGCCUUCAUUGGGAGAACAGUCCAAGGAAAAUGUCCUGUUGGUUGUGACUGUGACACGGUAAACGGUUUGGUCAAUGUGGACUGCGCUUGGUGUGGUCUUAACAAUGUUCCAGAGGACAUUCCAUGCGAUGCUGGUGAAGUUAACCUGCAUACUAACUAUAUCACUAGACUAAAUAAAAAGUCGUUCUCCUGCCAAGCCCAGUUGAGUAAACUUUUCCUAUCACAAAAUAAAUUGAAAUACAUUGAGAAAAAUGUUUUUGAACGCUUGAUGAAACUAACAUACAUCGAAUUUGAAUCAAAUGAACUUGUGAGCAUUCCAUAUCUUGGCUCAUUACCUCGCCUUAUUGAUGUAUCUAUCUUUAAAAAUUUCUUUGUAGAGUGGCCACAGUUGUUUCUUUCUAGUAUGCCAGAAAGACAGCCUUUCAAGAUGAGUUUGGCAUACAACAAACUAUCUGAUGCACCAAAAGUUCCCUUCAAAAUAUGGAACCUUAAUCUUGAAGGAAACACUGUUACUGAUCUGUCCAAUGCAGUGUUUACACAUCCUGAAGUGAUUUUAGAGCUGAAUAUUGAUAAAAAUAAUGUAGAGUACCUGGAGAAGUUGCAGAAGAUGGACAAUCUUACGAUACUUUCCCUGGAAUCCAAUGGAAUUCGAAGCAUUGCUGACACAACAUUUGCCUACCUUCCUUCACUUAAAAGAAUUAACCUGGCAAGAAAUAAAAUUGUUGAUGUCUCACCCUUCAGAAACAUGUCAUACAUUACAGAUAUAAUACUGGCAAAAAACAGUAUAAGACAUAUCCGUCACCCUGCUUUUACUAACAUUCCAAACAUAGCUGUCAUCUUUCUUAACGAUAAUGAAAUUGUUUGUUAUAUGCCUCACUCGGACUUCAGUGUACCAUCGAGCCUUCUUCUUGGCCGCAACAAAAUAUCAGUUAUGGACAUGAAUCCUGCAGGGAACUAUUCAAACGUAGUAAUUCUAUAUAUCGACAACAACCAUCUUGGUAACUUUUCCAUUCAUCCGUUCCCUGGUUUAUCUAGUCUUUAUGCUUCAAACAAUUUCAUUAAAGAUGUGAUAUCUCUCAAGUAUGAACAUCGUUUUCUAACAUACAUCAACUUGUGCUAUAACCAAAUCGGGAGUGUGAAAAACUUUGAAAACCUACCUGCCCUAAAGUGGCUGUUUCUCUGUCAUAACUCCAUCAAAACCUUGGAUGAUAACAGCCUCAUCUACUCGUUUAGUCUUCUUACCCUUGACCUAAGCUACAAUAAGUUGUCAGAACUCCUAAACUUCACAGCUUUGCCUGCUCUGAGACGUCUUGAUUUAUCAGGCAACAUCCUUCAUGUGAUAGGAAAUGCAACCUUUGACCACCUACCAAGGCUUGUUACUCUCAACCUUAGCCAAAAUCAAAUCUCAAAACUUGGUUUUUUCAGUUCGAUGCCAUCACUUGAAACUCUAUCUUUAAGUCACAACCAGCUGAGGACCAUCCACCCCCAUGACUUCUCUAAUCUAAAUAAUCUUAGAGUUUUGCAGUUAGCUUCCAAUUUUAUUGUAGAGUUUGAAAACAUCAACUUGCCUUCUCUUCAAAGACUUGACAUCGGUUUUAAUUUCUUAACUCGUAUGAAUUUUAAUCAUGUAUUGGACCACAGAAUUCUAUAUAUCAAUGUUGAGAGUAACAGAAUAGCUGAGGUUAUAUCCACUCAUGCUCCACUUGUAAGUAUCAUUGUAAACAACAAUGGGAUUGGAUCAUUAAAUUCAAGUUUGUUAUCUGGGUAUAAUGUUUUUGCAUCCAGCAAUAACCUGACCAAUUUCAACCAGGUUUGUAUUACACCUGGUUUGAUUGGACUUUACCUCAAUAAAAACCACCUCUCAUGCAUACCUGAUUUUACUUUUUCCCUAGCAUCCUCUCUCAUAUUUCUUGAAUUGGCUGACAAUCUAAUAGUCAAAUCAAUAGUAAUAGAUUUACUAGAUAAUCCUUGGUUAUGUGAUUGUGACCUGAUCAUGGCUGUCCGUAUGCUGGAGUCCUGGAUAGAUGAUCCUGUUGUUUGCAGUCAACCUGCUGGUUAUUCCAACUCUAGUUUAGCUGAACUGGCCACGUCCAACAACUUCACAUGUCUACCUCAACUGUGUUCUCAGCCACUGCAGACACUGUUGACAUUCAUUGGUGAUCAGUCAGUCGAGAUACCUUGCCCAAUCAUCAUCUCAAAUCUGUCGGAUAUCAUUCACUGGUCAUUUACCUCUCAUAGGCAACAACUGCCCUCUAUUGGUAGAGAACUACUAGACAGUGUUUCUGUCCUUCCUCACAAUGCCCUCUUUAUUGAACAUGUCGCCUGA